GAUAAAGUGUAUAAAAGCAGGCACCUCAGGACUUAAAACUCAGAACCAUCUCGUCCUUAGGUGCGUUGAGACUAAAGAAUUACUAGGAGUCUUCUGUAGGUUAUCUCAAAUACCACUAAAAAUGGAGUUCUGCUUCGGAUUACAGACCCAUGGAUCUAAGACCUCUACCUCAUGGAUGCACUUGACCUUUCUUUGCUCAAUGCUGUGCAUGUGGACUAGUGUAGAGUGUUGGUCCUACUACUACUCUAACACCACCAUGAACUGGCACGAAGCUAGAACCUGGUGCCAGGUGAACUACACAGACAUGGUGGCCAUCCAGAACAAGGAGGAGAUCGAGUAUCUGAACAACUGGCUGCCCAAGAAAUCCACCUACUACUGGAUUGGAAUCCGCAAGGUCAAUAAUGUCUGGACCUGGGUAGGGACCAACAAGUCUCUGACAGCAGAAGCAACCAACUGGGCAAAGGGCGAACCAAACAAUGGCAAGAACAGACAGAGUUCUGGCAUGAAUGAGGAUUGUGUGGAGAUGUACAUUAAAAGGAAUAUACAGCCAGGCAAGUGGAAUGAUGAGAGGUGCGGGAAGAAGAAGACCGCUCUGUGCUACACAGCUGCCUGUAAGAAAGACUCAUGCCGCUAUGGAGACUGUGUGGAAACCAUUAACAGCCACAAGUGUGCUUGCUUUGAAGGCUUUUAUGGAGAGGAGUGUGAGCAAGUUGUUAAGUGUAACAAAGAGGAGGUGACCACCCCAUAUAAGGGAAGUGUAAAUUGCACUCAUAAGUAUGGAGACUUCUCCUACGACUCCUUGUGCCAGUAUUCCUGUGAGGACGGAUACCAGCUGAGUACACCAAGACCCCUGACAUGCACUGCCUCGAAAGAGUGGUCAGAGCAGCCUCCUACAUGUGAAUUGGUUCAGUGUCAGGAGCUGUCUCAUCCAGCAAGAGGAUCCAUGAACUGCUUCAAUCCUCUGGGCCCCUCCAGCUAUCAGUCCACCUGUGUGUUCACCUGCGAUGAAGGCUAUGUUCUCGUUGGUUCCUCGUCUAACACUCUGCAAUGUGAAGCAUCAGGAAUUUGGAAUUCCUCACAGCCGUUUUGUGUUGCUUUACAGUGCCCUGCUCUCCAGGAGCUAGAGAAUGGCAUUGUCAGCUGUGGAGAAGAUGCAGACAUGAGGUUUAGCUACGGAAACACCUGCAGCUUCAGCUGUGCCUCCGGCUACCACUUGGUGGGACCGAGCAGGGUGACAUGCACGUCAGCAGCUGAGUGGAGUGAGAGGAUGCCUCGCUGUGAAGCCAUCACUUGCCAGAAUCCAGAGGGAGAAGCUCACCUGAUCACCCAGUGCAGCCAACAUCUGACUGAACUGUGGCCAGACUCCAACUGCAGCUUCAGCUGUAAAGCAGGCUUUGAACUGGAGGGAGCGCACACCAUUCACUGUUCUGAGGAUGGACAGUGGAACAAAGCCAUACCCACCUGCAAAGCAAUAGGAUGUCCUGCUCCCGAGAUUCCAACAAGUGCCCAGAUCAUCUGCAGCCCUUCUCUGUCUUCACCUGUUUCUUCCGUGACCCCCCAUCCGCUUGGUAUGGUCUGCAAUUUUAGCUGUGAUGAAGGCCAUGAGCUUCAUGGUGCACUCAGCAUGGAGUGUGCACAUCCUGGCCACUGGACCUCCACGCCACCAACCUGCACAGCAGUGAGAUGCCCGUUGCUUGAAGCUCCUGAAAACGGUCAUAUCAACUGCUCAAGCAGUGAGCCAGUGUACAACUCACAGUGCUCCUUCACAUGCAGUCAAGAUUACUCAUUAGAUGGACAUGACCUGCUGACCUGUGAUCUUCAUGGCAACUGGACUGGAGAGAAACCCACCUGCCAAGCUCCACCUUCUCCGAUUACUGUCAUUGCUUCUGGUGUGGCAACAGGGGGCUUAUUAUCUGGUCUGUCUCUGGCUAUGUGGAUCCUGAAACGACUGAAGCAGAAAGCCACCAAGUUUGAGCUGAACAGCAACUCUGACAUAGAGGACCCUCCACAGGUCUACAAAAACAGCAUUGACACUGCGGAAUGCCCCCCUCUGUCUCAGCCUGAAAACGGAUAUCUUAGCUGCUCAGGAGGAAAACAGACAUUCAACUCAACCUGUGGCUUUAAAUGCUACCCAGGCUUCCUGAUCAUAGGCUCGCCGGCUGUUACCUGUGGGGUCACCGGGAUGUUUCAAGAAUCAGCUGACACUAGACAAAGCCUGCACCACAGGGUGCUGAUAGCUGCAUUACUUCUAUUUGCCCAAGACCUGAGCAGUGGCGGAGGAGCACAGGCAUGGACCUACAACUACAGCAUCAGUCCAAACCGUAGAUGGGUUGAGGCCCGCCAGUGGUGCCAGGAGCACUUCACAGACAUGGUGGCCAUCCAGAACCAGGAGGAGACUGACUUCCUCAACAAUCUGCUGCCGUUCAACCAAAAAUAUUACUGGAUAGGCAUUCACAAAGUGGGUGGAGGGUGGAUUUGGGAGACAACUGAUGAGAAGGUGCCUGAAGAGGCUCAGAAUUGGGCGCCAGAGGAGCCAGAUAACUUGGCGGGUCAGGACUGUGUGGAGAUUUAUAUUAAGAGGGAGAAAGACACAGCCAAGUGGAACAAUGAGAACUGUCGCAAGAAGAAGGGAACCAUCUGCUACACUGCCUCUUGUACACAGGAUUCCUGCAGUGCCUAUGCAGACUGUGUGGAGACCAUAGGGAACUAUACCUGCCAGUGCCAUCCUGGUUUCCUGGGGUCACGUUGUGAAGAGGCAAUUUCAUGCAAACCCUUGCUGGACCCAGAAAAUGGUUCUCACAACUGUUUCCAUCCCUAUGGGUCCAGUCGUUUCAACUCUUCCUGCCAUUUCCACUGUGAACUUGGCUUUCAGUUGGUAGGCGUGCCUGAGCUGCUAUGCCAGGCCAGUGGACAUUGGAACCACCCUGUUCCUCUGUGUCAAGUUGAACAGUGUCCAGUUCUGAACCACACCAACAUCAGCGCAGGUAGUAUGAACUGCAGCCAUCCCAUUGCACCUUACAGCUACAACUCCACCUGUGAGGUCACGUGUGACGAAGGCUAUGAGCCCAGUGGACAGGACCAGAUGCGUUGUGACCACACUGGCCAGUGGACAGCCAGUGUCCCAGCUUGCACAAUGAUAAAGUGCUCCCCCAUUUUCUUUCCUACUACGGGCAACGUGACAUGUGUGGAUACGCUGGAGCCUUUCUCCUUUGGCUCACGGUGUAACUUCACCUGCCAGGAAGGCUACUACCUGACUGGAGACAACACACUCACCUGUCUGGCCUCUGGACAAUGGAGCAAACCUACACCUACAUGCACAAUGGUACAGUGCAACAGUCUAAAGGCUCCACCCCGUGCCUCCUUGCAAUGCCAGGACCCUCUAGGAGUGUACAGCUAUGGCUCAAUGUGCACCGUGCAAUGUGAAGAAGGAUUUGAUGUGAUUGGCACAAACAUGACAAAUUGUUUAUCGCAAGGCAACUGGAGUCAUGCACUUCCUAUUUGCCAGGCUAAGAGGUGUAAUCCAAAAAAAUCCCCUUCUCAUGGCUCCCUAUCCUGUUCUGACCCAAAUGGUUCCUUCAGUUUUGGUUCUCGGUGCACAACAGCCUGUGACGAGGGCUUUCUACUGAAUGGGACAGCCAGCACUGAGUGCAACUCCCUGGGCAUGUGGAGUGCAGACAUACCACGUUGCUUGGCUAAGAGAUGUCCCACUCUGAGCUCUCCCUCUCAUGGCUCCUUAUUGUGCUCUGAUCCCCAUGAAGAGUUCAGUUUUGGUUCUCAGUGCACAUCAACUUGUGAGGAGGGCUUUGUUCUGAAAGGCACGGCUGACACAGAGUGCACCUCUCUGGGCAUGUGGAGCGCAGACAUCCCUUAUUGUUUGGCUAAGAGAUGUCCCACUCUGAACUCCUCUUCUCAUGGCUCCUUAGUCUGUUCUGCUCCCUAUGGAGAGUUCAAUUUUGGUUCUCGGUGCACACAAACUUGUAGGGAAGGCUUUGUCCUGAAAGGCAUGGCUGACACAGAGUGCACCUCUCUGGGCAUGUGGAGCAGAGAAAUACCCCGUUGUCUGGCACACCCAUGCCCCCUACUGGCCAGUGCGCCACAACAUGGGAGGAUGAACUGUAGCCAUCCAUAUUCCCCUUUCAGCUAUGGCUCCCUCUGUGACUUUGAAUGCAAUGAGGGAUUCUGGCUGAGAGGAACACCAACUAUGACAUGCAACAACUCAGGCCACUGGAGUCAGGAUCUACCUACCUGCCAGCCGGUACAGUGUAAGGCCAUUCAUGCCUUGCCUUUACCCCUGUCUAUGAACUGCUCCCAUCCUCUGGGGAACUUCAGCUUUGGCUCCAGGUGUCUUUUCUCCUGUAAAGAGGGACACUCCCGGAAUGGCACAGAGGUGCUGUUUUGCUCCUCCACUGGGUUUUGGAGUGACAGUCUGCCUAAAUGCACAGUGGAAGGUAUGCCGGUGGGAACUGCCAUGCUGAUGUAUAUGGGUGUAGGUGCAGCCUCUGUUGUUGUGCCACUUGUCCUGAUAGGACUGGGUUUGUUGAUCAUGACGCGAUUUAAGAAAAGAGGAAAUACCAUCAUGUCUGAUGUGCCAGCAUGGGGAGACAGAGAGAAUCCAGCAUUUGAAUUUUGAUUUAUUUGUUCUUUUUCUUAAUUUUGCCGCAAAUCAUUUCAAAUAUUGCAACCUAAUGCUUGCUAUUAUUAUAUGAAGCUUGGUAGUUUUUGCAUGAUAAUGGUACCAACCAACCACUGGUAGGAUCAGAGCUUCACAUUAACUGUGAUUUUAAUUUCCACUCAGAUAAUCCUUAACAUUUAGAUAAUCAUGCACAUUUUGCAUGAAAACCUUCACCUUUUGUUAUUAAAGAACCCAAAUCAUGAUACACAAUGAAUGUAUGAUACACAUAAAGUAAAGUUUGUGUGGAGCUUUUGCUUUGUGUCCUGCUUGUAUAUUGCUUAAUCGUCAAUAAACCAUCAACAAUU